GAGCGGACAUGGCCGAAGAGAGACAGGCGCAGCGCGCGGAUCGAUGCUCUCUUUCUUGCGAACUGACCUCACAUGACUACAGCCUUUCCAUUGGGCCAACUGAAUAUCUUGGAAUAUUCAUUCUGCAGUAGCCUACAAGGAAUUCCAAUAUUCGAUUACUGUGCAGUUUGUUAGAGGACUGGAAACGCAGAGGACCGAGCAGAACAUGCUGCAUAAUGGAAACGGGGAGGGGGAUAAUCCCGAGGUGCAGAGUAAGACUCAGCCCGAUUCUCUGCCCGGGGAGGUGGCAAGGGACAACGCCGGGCUGAACCCGGCCAACGACAGCGGCCCCCCGCACUUUGCGCUGCCCGUCUUCCCCAAACUGGAGAUCAAGCGCAAUGCGGUAACCGAUGACUACAAGAUUUCCAGCCAGGUCCUGGGGCUGGGCAUCAACGGCAAAGUGCUGGAGUGCUACAACAAGAAGACGGGAGAAAAGUGCGCCCUGAAGAUUCUUUAUGACAGCCCCAAGGCGCGCCGGGAAGUGGAGCUGCACUGGAGGGUGUCCGGGGGACCCUACAUCGUGCGAAUCCUCAGCCUUUAUGAGAACAUGCACCAUGGGAAGAAGUGCCUGCUCAUCAUCAUGGAGUGUAUGGAGGGGGGAGAGCUCUUCAGCCGGAUUCAAGCACGGGGAGACCAGGCCUUCACUGAAAGAGAGGCAUCGGAAAUCAUGCGUGACAUUGGAACAGCCAUUGAGUACCUCCAUAACAUGAACAUUGCUCACAGAGACGUCAAGCCGGAAAACCUGCUGUACACCACGAAAGACAGCAAUGCUGUCCUAAAGCUGACAGAUUUUGGGUUCGCCAAGGAGACCACGUUGCAAAACUCUCUGCAGACACCCUGCUACACGCCCUACUAUGUGGCACCUGAAGUGCUAGGCCCGGAGAAAUAUGACAAAUCAUGUGACAUGUGGUCUCUGGGCGUGAUCAUGUACAUCCUGCUGUGUGGUUUCCCCCCUUUCUACUCCAACACGGGGCAGGCUAUCUCUCCCGGAAUGAAGUGCCGCAUUAGGAUGGGCCAGUACGAGUUCCCAAACCCUGAGUGGGCCGACGUGUCAGAAGAAGCCAAACAGCUGAUCCACCAGCUGCUGAAGACUGACCCCAAUGAGAGGAUGACCAUCACCCAGUUCAUGAACCAUCCCUGGAUUAAUCAGUCCAUGGUGGUCCCCCCUACGCCACUCCACACCACGCGGGUGCUGACAGAGGACAAGGAGAUGUGGGAAGAUGUGAAGGAAGAGAUGACCAGUGCUCUAGCCACCAUGCGGGUGGACUAUGACCAGGUGAAGAUAAAAGACCUGGACACCUCCAGCAAUCCUCUGCUGGACAAGAGACGCAAGAAGGCAGCGGCAGAAGGGGGGGGAGGCGGGGGCGGAAACAGUGUGUGUAACAGCCAAUGAGAGACAGAAGGCAAUGA